CCAGCAUCCAGGCAGCCUGGGCAGACGCGGUGGACACAAGGAGACACUGGGAGUUCUGAAGACGGACGAGCUGAUUCUAAGAAGGAGAUUAAGAAGCAACGGGCCUUUUGCACUAGUGGGGUCCGUCUGUCUGGUUUAGAUUGUGGAUGAGGUGUUUGGAAAUCAGAAGAAGCAGAUAUGAGUUUCGGAGCAGCGUGCAUUUUCCUGCGAGGAGGGAAAAACAUUACAAGAGAACUGGCUGAUGAGGAGAUCGAUGAGCUGCGUGACGCGUUCAAUGAGUUUGACAAAGACAAGGACGGGCUGAUCAGCUGCAAGGAUCUGGGGAACCUGAUGAGGACGAUGGGUUACAUGCCCACUGAGAUGGAGCUCAUCGAGUUGAGCCAAAACAUCAAUAUGAAUCUUGGGGGCAGAGUCGACUUUGAGGAUUUCGUUGAACUGAUGACCCCGAAGCUUCUGGCCGAGACAGCUGGGAUGAUUGGCAUGAAGGAGCUCAAAGACGCCUUCAAAGAGUUCGACGUGGACGGAGACGGAGAGAUCACAACGGAGGAGCUGCGAUCAGCCAUGACCAAGCUGAUGGGAGAGCACAUGAGCCGGAGGGAGAUCGACGCCAUCGUUAAAGAAGUGGAUGACAACGGGGACGGCACAGUAGACUUCGAAGAAUUUGUCAGAAUGAUGUCCCAUCAAUGACAACCGAGGACGAGGCCGGUCGAGAACCUUUAUUUGCACCCUGACGAACAUGCAUCGACAUCAGUUCUGUCUCUUUCUCUCUCUCAUUCUCUCGAGCUCUGUCACCGAUCAGCCCAACACAUCAUGUCAAAUUCUAAUGCCAAGAAUAAAAGUUUAACAAUAUAUCACGCCGUUCUCAAAGAGAAACCUGUAACUAUGCAAAGAUUGACAAUCAUGUGAUGACACUGACUGGGGAAAAAAAAAUAAAGUCCAGUAACAAGUGCAACUAAUGUAUAUUCUUGUGUUUGAUGAUGUGUGUUGUAAAUACAGGAAGUCACUUUGGAUUGGUUUGUUGAAUUGGAUUUUCUUUUUGUUGGAGAUGUACAGUAUAUAUUUGUAAUGGAACCUGUUUGUUCUUUAUGGAUCACUUUGAAAGGAUUAUCACUGAAGCAAUGUAAGGAUACGAAGUUAUACCAUUUACAGCUAGGCGACACCUCUAUAUUCGUAGUAAUGUUCUUGUAAUGAAUAAAUAUAUCUUGGAAACUGUCUACCCUUGGCAUAAUAACAAAAUAAACCAUAUAAAUGUG